AUGGCACUGGACAGCGUGUGGGCUCCACAGAGAGUAAACAUAGGCGAUGGGCCCAGCAAGAAAGCAGGAGACCUGCAGACACAGCUCCUCCCGACAGGUUCCCCCAAGCAGGGCCCAGCCAGGCGGGCCAUGCGGGUCGGCCAGAACAGUUCAGAGCCAGAAGAGCCUACUAAGUCAACAGUGGCCGAGAGCAGGUCCAAGGUCGGGGUGACCAAAGCUGUGGUCGUGGACCUUGGCACUGGUUACUGUAAAUGCGGCUUUGCUGGCCUGCCGAAGCCUACCCACAAGAUCUCGACCACAGUGGGCAAACCCUACAUGGAGACAGCCAAGACAGGGGACAAUCGCAAGGAGACAUUCGUGGGGCAGGAGCUCUCCACCCCAAAGGUGCGUCUCAGGCUCGUUAACCCCCUGCGCCACGGCAUCAUCGUGGACUGGGACACGGUGCAGGACAUCUGGGAGUAUCUCUUCCGGCAGGAGAUGAAGAUUGCCCCUGAGGAGCAUGCAGUCUUGGUUUCAGACCCGCCGCUGAGCCCUCAUACCAACAGAGAGAAGUAUGCUGAAAUGCUGUUCGAGACCUUCAACACCCCUGCUAUGCACAUUGCCUACCAGUCCCGCCUGUCCAUGUACUCGUACGGGCGGACCUCUGGCCUGGUUGUGGAGGUGGGCCAUGGAGUGUCCUAUGUGGUCCCCAUCUACGAGGGGUACCCUCUUCCCAGCAUCACUGGCAGGCUGGACUAUGCAGGCUCUGAUCUGACCACCUAUUUGAUGAGCCUGCUGAACAACGCUGGGAAAUACUUCGGUGAGGACCAGAUGUGCAUCGUGGAGGACAUCAAGAAGAAGUGCUGCUUUGUAGCCCUGGAUCCCAUUGAGGAGAAGAAAGUCCCUCCCACGGAGCAUGCUAUCCAGUACACGUUGCCCGACGGCAAGGAGAUCUACCUGUACCAGGAGCGGUUCCUCUGCUCCGAGAUGUUCUUCAAACCAUCCCUCAUCAAGUCCAUGCAGCUGGGCCUUCACACCCAGACGGUGUCGUGCCUUAACAAGUGCGAUAUUGCCCUCAAGCGGGACCUCAUGGGGAACAUCCUGCUCUGUGGGGGCAGCACCAUGCUCAGCGGCUUCCCCAACCGGCUGCAGAAGGAGCUCAGCAGUAUGUGUCCCAAUGACGUCCCACAGGUCAAUGUGCUGCCUGAGAGAGACACCGCCGUGUGGACCGGAGGCUCCAUCCUGGCCUCGCUGCAGGGCUUCCAGCCCUUGUGGGUACACCGCUCCGAGUAUGAGGAGCACGGGCCCUUUUUUCUCUACCGAAGGUGCUUCUGAACCCUGACCAGGCAGGGCCACAGCAGCAGCCACAUGGCAGCUUUGGUGGGUGAACACCCACCCUACGUGCAGGGAGCUGGGCCAGAGCACUCCUUCCUGUAGCAUUAAACAGCCCUCAUGUUCCCUUC